GCUAAAGAUGUUUUUUGGUCUACAAUUUAUAAACCAUGACGAAGUUGAAGAUGCAUUCGUAGAGUUAAUCGCUGUUUGCCCAAAUGAAGAAAUUGGUCACAUUUUUUCAGAUUAUGUUUUAAAUAAUUACAUACAGCCUGGCUGUCCGUUCAAUACGAAAUUGUGGGCAAUGAAAUCUUCGGAAAAUCCCAGGACUACCAAUGCCGCUGAAAGCUUUCACAGAACAUUUAACAGCCAAUUUUACAGUUCUCAUCCAGCAAUAUAUAUUGUUAUUCAAACACUAAUUGAAACACAAUCAGAAAGUUCAUUAAAAAUAGCAACGAUAGAACAGGGUAAAAAAAAAGAAAUGCCAAUAAAACAAAAGGAAAAAAUAAUUAAUAUUCAUAAUAAAUAUAUGUGGUAUGUAGCAAAUAAAAGUUCAAGUAAUUUAUUAAAAUAUUUAGAGUAUGUUGGAUUACGCUAUCCUGCUAUAACUAAUUUAUAG